CCAAUUCACAAAUCCCUUGUGCAGAGAAAACCAGAGCCAAGAAUUUCUAGGUCAUGAAAUCGGUAUAGUUGUUCAGAUGGAGAAUCAACCCACAACUACUGGUGAUCAAGACAUGAGGAUGAUGGACUCUGAGAUGGAUGGAUGAGAACAAAUUGAACCAAACUCCCGUCUCCCUGCUUUUGAGAUUCAAAAAGAUACCACAAAUCAGGGCUACAGUCAAAGGUGCUAAGAGUUUAGAGAUGAUGCUUGAAAGGUUUAGUAAGUACUCUGGACAAGUUAUAAAUUUUGGGAAAUGUUGGGGUGCGUAGUCAAUCUUAGGGCUAGCACAGGACGAGGAGCAAGCAGAAGUUUUGGAAGCAUUUGAAGCCAUUAAGUGGGCAAAAGCUUCAGCUGUUGACAAGCUUCACUUGGAGGGAGAUAGUCUCAACAUAGUUAAUGCAAUAAAUGGUAGUUUAGGAAGUGUCCGAUGGACGAACAAUAAUAUUAUUCAAGAUUGUAGAAAUCUUUUAACCACUUUUCAAGAUUGGAAAUGCACAUUUGUAUAUAGAGAGUCUACUGAGGUGUCUAAUAACCUAGCAAAAAGGACCAUAAUCUCUAGAAAUGAUGAAUGUUGGCUUAUAGAAUUUCCAUCAUGGUUAAAAUCUCUCUUCGGAAAUGAACUGAACGUAAACAUUCCUUGAAUUUUUUCAAUGAAAUCCUUUCUUUCCUAUUAAAAAAAAAAAUUUCAUUGCGGUAAGAUUCCAACAAUCAUCCCAUCAGGUCGGUGCUGCUGGUGCUUUGACCCUGGACAAGAGAUUGAAAAUUUGGUCGCCUCGUAACGAGAAGAGCGAUGCAUUCUUUAGACCCUACGCGGCGGCGGCUCUGCCUACUUCUCACCCCCCCUCUCUGAAGAACGUAACCACAAUUUUUCCCACCAUCACGCAGAACUAAAAACAACUCAUGGAAGUAAAUUCAGUUUUGAACGAGGAAGACGAAGAAGAAGAAGAGCUGAUAGAAAUUGGAUCAUAUAAGGUACCGAUUCGAAUCGUUCGUGACCCAGCAGAAGAGAUAUUAUUAUUAUGGGCUAUUCAACAACCAACUCUUUAUAAACAGAAUGCUUUAGUUCAACAAUCUUCACUUCACCUUGAUCUUGAAUCUUGUGGUCAUCGUAUCUCCAUCAUUCAAUCACCUUCUUCCAUGUCUGCACCUGGUGUCACUGGAGCUGUUAUGUGGGAUAGUGGUGUUGUCUUGGGCAAAUUCUUAGAACACUCUGUUGAUUCUUCUUCUCUGAUUCUUCAGUCUAAGAAGAUUGUUGAAAUCGGUUCUGGUUGCGGUUUAGUUGGUUGCAUUGCAGCUCUUUUGGGCGGUCAAGUUAUUCUCACUGAUCUUUUUGAUCGGUUGAAACUUCUAAAGAAGAAUGUCGAAGCCAAUGUAGGUACUUGGGAUACACGUGGUUCCGCAACUGUAACUGAGCUUACAUGGGGCGAGGAUCCUGAUGCUGAGUUGAUUAAACCUCCACCUGAUUAUGUACUUGCAUCAGACGUAAUUUACAGUGAAGGGGCAGUGACAGAUCUGUUGGUUACUCUACGACAACUUUGCGGAUCACAAACAACAAUAUUUUUGACCGGAGAGCUUCGGAAUGAUGCUGUUAUUGAGUACUUCCUUGAACUGGCAACGGAGGAGUUCGUAAUUGGUCGUGUAGACCAGACAAAUUGGCAUCCUGAUUAUCGCAGUAGCCGUGUCAUGAUGCUUGUAUUAGUGAAAAAAUCAUGAACUUAACGCUUUAAGAUUAGUUAUGCACUCUAGAAAGAAGAAAAGCUGAUUACAUCUUUUCCUGCCAAAAUUCCUGUGCAAAGUUGGAGUUCCAUUUUCUACAUUAUUCAUUUUGCCUUGCCAAACUUAACGAAAUAUUUUUGCUGUAUGUAUUCAUUUGGGUGUA